CCUCGGCGACAACACAAGACGUUCCGGCGCGCGCUUCCGGUGCUCGGAGCGGAAGCAGCGGCGAGAGGCUCGGAGGAGCGGGCACGGCCGAGCGGCGGGCGACGGGGGCGGGCGACACGGACCGCGGCCGGGGCGGAGCCGGGGCCAUGGAGCCGCCGCUGCCGGGCUAGGCAGGUCCUGCCCCGCCUGGCCCGCGGCGAUGUCGGGCUACCCGCGCCGCCCGGGCGCCACCCCGCUGUCCCGAGUCCGGAGCCUCGCCAUUCCCGACGCUCCAGCGUUCUAUGAGCGCCGGUCUUGUCUCCCCCAGCUAGACUGUGAGCGCCCCCAUGCCAGGGACCUGGACUCCCCCUUCUUCGGCAUUCGGCCGGCCUUUAUGUGCUAUGUGCCCAGCCCGGUGCUGGCUUCCGUGGGAGACACAGAUGACAAAUUUGAAGAUCUUGAAGAGGCAAAUCCAUUUUCCUUUAAAGAGUUUCUGAAGACCAAGAACCUCGGCCUGUCAAAAGAGGACCCGGCCAGCAGGAUUUAUGCAAAGGUGGGACUUGACCACAACUCCCCACCCUCCCAAACCGGGGGGUAUGGCCUGGAGUAUCAGCAGCCAUUUUUUGAGGACCCGACAGGGGCCGGUGACCUCCUGGAUGAGGAGGAGGAUGAGGACACCGGAUGGAGUGCGGCCUACCUGCCGUCGGCCAUCGAGCAGACUCACCCCGAGAGGGUCCGUGCUGGCACAUCGCCCUGCAGCACAUACCUUUCCUUUUUCUCCACCCCGUCGGAGCUGGCAGGGCCUGAGUCUCUGCCCCCAUGGGCGUUGAGUGACACUGAUUCUCGCGUGUCUCCGGCCUCUCCGGCAGGGAGUCCUAGCGCAGACUUUGCGGCUCAUGGAGAGUCUCUGGGAGACAGGCACCUGCGGACGCUGCAGAUAAGUUACGAAGCAGUAAGUGAGCUUUGCGACGCCCUCUGGCACAGCGCCUGUCCGAGCAGCCUCUCCCAGGGAGAACCUAGAGCCAUCCUGCCUCCUGGGUGGCCUGGUUUGAUUUCCAGAACAAGACGACUUGCGUAACAGCCUGCUAUCCACUUUCCCUUUGACUUUGCCUCUGGUUACACGUGUGAAUAGAACCGGCUAAAGAGGACUGGUGAGCUAGAAGCUGUGAAUUGGAUGCAGUUGGGCACUUAAAGGGCUGUACCCUCAGGAAAGGCUGGCUGCAGUCGUCAGCUCAGGGACAUCUUGCUAAGUAUUCUAAGAGGAGGAAAUUUUUUUAAAAAUUAUAGUCACCUAAAAGGUUAUAAGCUGUGA